AUGAGCAUUCAGAUGACUUGGCCCAAGUUGGGCCGCAUGUUGCUCUAUGGAGGUGGAAUAAUCGGUACCGGUGUUUUAUUAUUCACCUAUACUGUCCCAACCGAUGAACAGUUGAUUGCAGCUUUCUCGCCAGAGGUUAGGGCCAAUUACGAGAAGAAUAAGGCUUUAAGACAGAAAGAACAGGAGGAAUUAAUGAAGAUCGUUCAAGAAACAUCGAAGUCGAAUGAUCCGAUCUGGAAAACUGGCAAAAUUGCUUCUCCCUUCGAGAAAGAAACGAGGGGCGCAGAUCCAAAGUUGGUCAAUGCGACUCAGUUCUUUAAGGAGGAAGCGGACGCCAAGAAGAAAGCAGAGACGGAAAGAGCCGAAGCAGAGUUUUUGGAAACGGAGCGCUUGGUCUCUCAAGGUAAGAAAUCCUGGUGGCAAUGGCGCUAG